AUGAACUACUGUUUUAUUUUGUUGAUAGCAAUACUAGGUCAUCAGCCAGGCAAUGUCAAGACCGACUGUAUAGAUAACAAUGGCCGACCUGUUCUGGACGGAAAGUCGUACAUACCGGGCCCGGAAAUCUGUACUCGGUGUGUGUGUGACAAUUCUGUUGCUAAAUGGUGUCACCCUGUGCUUUGUACAGCUCCACAGGAUUGCAAGUCUUAUACAACUGUUGGAAAUAUAUGCUGUGAAUUCAAUUGCUUAGACGAAACUCUUAAAGGCGAUAAUAUUAAUGCCAGAUCAAUUGCCAGCACUGUAACGGCAUUUUUAUUUUUCAUAUUAAUUGUUUUCCUCAUCAACCGGUUACAUAAAAGAAAUAUAAUGUCAAAUGGAGAAGUAUUUACUGAUCCAAACUCACUUCAAAUGGGUGAAGGUGUACGUGGAAUUGGGUUCAUUAGUGGCUACAUGAAUUUACCUAGGCCUGAUUUAUACUAUGGUGAUCAUGCAACUCUACAUAUACCCUUAUGGAAGACAUACUAUCCACGUGGUGAUGCACCGCCACCAUAUGAUGAAGCUAUCGCAUUACCUCACCAAAUAGUACCCCAACAAUUAAAUGCACUAGUAGAUGAAGUUACAGCUUACCAUAGAACUAUACCUUUUAACAUGACUGAAAUUGAACAAAAUGUUCAGCCACAGACAUUGUGUGACCCCGAGACUGAACCAACUACCAACCAGCAGUUUUUAGAAGACAAUCAAACGAAUAAUGAUAAAUACCAGUGCCAUGAUAAAAUACCUACAAUUUCUAACGAUGAUUUCCGAGAAGAAUGUGAAAAUUGUAAGCACGAUCAAGAACUUGCUGAAGGGUAUGAUGAUAUUUUCCCUGAACCAGAAACAAUGACGCUAGAACGAAGACCACAAUUGUUAACUCAUGAACACGCUGCAGUUGGUAUUGAAUCACGUUCGUCAAUGACCUUACCAGAUAAUGGAAGACUACGAAGGCCUCAUGUUGGUAACUUGAAAGAUAAAUACAGAGACGGCUGGUUCAAAGAAACUAGUUUAAAAGAAAAUACAACUUCUGAUGAUGAUCAGCCAUAA